AUGACGAACCGCCGGCCUUCACUCCUUCAGGCCCGGAGCGGUCCGCACGCUCACGCUCAUUCUGCAUACAAACUUGGACACGCACACGGCCACGGCCAGCAUUUGCAUCAUCAGUAUCCUCACGACGCCGUAGCCGGCCCUCGCCCUGACGACAUCAAGCCCGAUAACGCCCAAGCACCAGAUCUUGAUAAUCGAGCUGCUGUGGUCGUCCAGACCGUUUCGCUCGUUCAAAUCGUGGAUACCCGUGGAUCACCAAUCGAAACGCAGACUCGCUUUGCUAUUCCAAACACCGUCGUUGUGGAUAAGAACACGGGCAAGACGAUAUCUGCUUCUAACCCGGAUCACACAGCAGCUCCAGCUGUGCCGGGUUCCAGCCCGGGGUCUAGCGGAGGAAUCAGUUCUUCAACAUCCAGCACCGGCUCGCAAACAAAUGCCACCCCUAUUGCCCCAAGCUCAGCUUCUUCUUCGGGGUCGUCCUCGGAGUCGUCAUCGGGGUCUUCAUCGGGGUCUCCACCAGUGUCUUCGUCGGCCUCCUCGUCAGUAGCUUUGUCGGUAUCUCCCCCGGCAUCACUUUCUCCGCCCGCUCAUUCUUCACCUCCAACGGCACCCCCUGCGCCUUCCCUGGGUAUUGGCCAUAACGGAACAAACAUUCAUCAUUCUAUUCAUCAUAAUGCGACCAAUUCAUUAUUCCACGCUGAAUCAGUAAACAAUACCGCCUCAUCAACCAAAUUCUCUUCGACGACAACACGCCACCAUACCUCAUCGACGACUUCGGAGGUUUCCUCUUCUCAAUUUACAUCGUUUUCAGAAACCUUCAUCUCAGCCGCCACUUCUUCCUUUGAGCCUGCGCCUACUGAUGGCGCAUUUGGAGGUGUAUUUGGAGGAGAUAGUGCACCAACGGCGAGCGGCGCAGCGCCCACGACGUCGUCAUCUUCCAACUCGACCGACAGUGCGCUCUCUCCUCAGCAGAAGCAAGUCAUUGGAGGUGUAGUUGGAGGACUGGCUGGCGCGGCUUUCUUUCUUGUUUUGGUGCUCCUAGCUCUGAGGUACAAGCGGCGUCAACUUAAUGCAGCUCAAGCCGCCAGUCAACCUACUUCAGAGUCCCGUGAACUACCCCCGGCCACCGGUGCCCCUAACGGAGCUCCCAGCGGAGGAAACGGGGGCGGCAACGGAGGCGCAAUGGCGGAGAGAUACGGCGCGGCGGCACUUACCGCUGCGUUUGCUGGUCUGUCCCCCAAAACGAGUUCCGCUUCUGCAAACUCUGCGGAUACCGGAGAAAGAGGUUUCUACCGUGUGUCUGGCAGAAAGCUGCCAUCAGUUCUGCAGGUGGGUGGUGAUGGGUACUCAGACCCUCGUGCUAGUUUCAUGAGCGGCACCUCAGACUGGAAUCGUGGCUCCCAGGCCUUUGAUCCCUUCGGAGGACCGGGAGCCCGGUUACAGCUUGGUGUCCCCAUGCGACCAGACAGCGGCGUACCCGUUGUUCGAUCCGGUCCAGCCCGAGCUGUAGUCGCAGAGUCAAACCCAUUUGCAGACCCUCCGAGAACCCCCCCUGCUGACGCCUCAGUGCCCCCUAUGAUGCGGCAACGUGAGAGCCCCGGGAGAGGAUCCAGAUUUCAGGAAGGCCUUUGA